AUGAUAAAUUGCACGCGACUGUCUCGUGCACCUCUUCACUCUUCCUCAUACUCUUCCUUCUCAUCUAGCAGCUCUUCCUCAUACUCUUCCUUCUCAUCUAGCAGCACUUCCUCAUACUCUUCUUUCUCAUCCAGCAGCUCUUCCUCAUACUCUUCAUCCUCACCCACCAGUGCUUCCUCAUACUCUUCCUCAUCAUCCACCUUCUAUUCCUCAUACUCUUCUUUCUCAUCCAGCAGCUCUUCCUCAUACUCUUCAUCCUCACCCACCAGUGCUUCCUCAUACUCUUCCUUCUCAUCCACCUUCUAUUCCUCAUACUCUUCCUUCUCAUCCAGCAGCUCUUCCUCAUACUUUUUCUUCUUAUCCAGCAGCUCUUCCUCAUACACUUCAUCCUCACCCACCAGCUCUUCCUCAUACUCUUCAUCCUCACCCACCAGUGCUUCCUCAUACUCUUCCUCAUCAUCCACCUUCUAUUCCUCAUACUCUUCCUUCUCAUCCACCAGCUCUUCCUUAUACUCUUCAUCCUCACCCACCAGUGCUUCCUCAUACUCUUCCUCAUCAUCCACCUUCUAUUCCUCAUACUCUUCCUUCUCAUCCAGCAGCUCUUCCUCAUACUUUUCCUUCUUAUCCAGCAGCUCUUCCUCAUACUCUUCAUCCUCACCCACCAGUGCUUCCUCAUACUCUUCCUCAUCAUCCACCUUCUAUUCCUCAUACUCUUCCUUCUCAUCCACCAGCUCUUCCUCAUACUCUUCAUCCUCACCCACCAGCUCUUCCUCAUACUCUUCAUCCUCACCCACCAGCUCUUCCUCAUACUCUUCAUCCUCACCCACCAGCUCUUCCUCAUACUCUUCCUCAUCAUCCACCUUCUAUUCCUCACACUCUUCCUUCUCAUCCACCAGCUCUUCCUUAUACUCUUCAUCCUCACCCACCACAGCUCUUCCUCAUACUCUUCAUCCUCACCCACCAGUGCUUCCUCAUACUCUUCCUCAUCAUCCACCUUCUAUUCCUCAUAAUCUUCCUUCUCAUCCACCAGCUCUUCCUCAUACUCUUCAUCCUCACCCACCAGCUCUUCCUCAUACUCUUCCUCAUCAUCCACCUUCUAUUCCUCAUUCUCUUCCUCCUCAUCCAGCAGCUCUUCCUCAUAUUUUUUCUCCUCAUGCACCUCUAUUUUCAUCUAUUGUUGUGUUUAAUGUAUGUUUUCACACCAUGAGCUCUGUGGUCUCUGCAUCUUCCUGCUCAUCUGGUCUCAGCUCUGUACCUAUAAUUGUUCUUCACAGAAUAAAACUCAUCUAA